CACAAAUCAAUCGAGUGAUUAUUUACCCGCGAUCGCUGGUUCGUCAAUGGGCCAACGCAGCUUAUUAGCAAUUCCGUUAGUUUUACAUAAUCACCUCCAGAUACAACAUUAACAGCUAUGAUUCAUUUGGAUACAGCCAUGGGUAGAACCACAAUGCAGGCCAGGGGAAGAUUCAAAAUUUCCCUGCUGUUUGUGGUCUUGAUCACGUUCGUUUUGGCGACAUGUUCAAUUUCAUAUUACUUGACAAGUUAUUACCAUGUAAAAUCUUCGCUAAUCGCAGGAGUCACAAAUGUGCAGAAGAGCCACUACAUAAAUAUUCAAACCUGGGAAGGUAGGUCCAUCGGUGAACACUAAUUCAUUUGUGUGCCUUUUAGAAAACUGUAGGGAAGAGUUUCCGGUGUGCACAUAUUUGUGAUUUGGUUUUGGAAAGAACUCCGAAUAACUCUAUGUUAAUUGCAAAACGAAGCCGUUGUCCCAGAGGUAAUUUCUUAUUUUGUCACUGAUUUCUUUCAUCCAAGCACUACAUUCAUAAGUAUUGGGAUAUACAGAAAUCUUGCGGUGAUUUUUAAAGGCAAGAGUUUUAUCCUAUGCUUGAUGGUAGAUGAUCUCUUUCGGAAAAUAAAUGUAGCUUUUUAGCCAAUACAACAAACAAUGGUUGAAAAUAGGUUAGAAUUGGCUUUUGUCAGCUUGCCUGACAACGAACCAAAGCGAUAAAUAUGAGUGGGGAGGCUAGAUUGGAAAUUGCCUGACCUGUUCCGAUCACAUUUCUUUCUCUCUAUCAUCGGAUUACAGAUUUAACUGUCGUGAUCAAUUUUAUCUCAAAUUCGUACACCUUGAUUUCAGAAUUUACAUGCUGCAGAAGCGAGAUUUUUAAUCAACAGAAAGUCAUUAAUGAAAUAUUGUGAUUAAUUGUUUUCCAGUCGACUUGUUUUUAUGCGUAACUCUUCUUUAAACGAAUUCCCUAGAUUUUAAGAGAGAGUGCUCUCAUUUUUCUCUUAAAAAUAACAUUUUAAAGGCUUUUCUUGGGAGGUUCUGCGGUUCGUCAGUGAAAAUACUUAGUUAUUUAAAUCCUAACAUUAAAAAACCUUAAAACAUAUGGAUUUCCAGGGUUUUUAGUGGGUUCCAUAACAACAACAGGAGGCUAUUAAAAGGAGAAAUCACGCUCUUGGACCGGCACUACCGAUUUCAUUGAUUUACUUGUCAUCAAAUCAAACAGUUGACACGGCUUUUAACAAAGAGUGGUUUCCUUUUACUCAGCUCUUGUGGUUUUUCCAAACCAACAGUCUGUUGAUUUAUCGUUACAGUGGGUGACAACGAGAUAUUUUUCCGAUGAAUUUUUAAUCGUUUGACUGUCCUUUUAAUUUCUUUCACGUCAGUAAAGAUCAUUUGAAAAAAAAGCAAAUAACAAACAUGGCAAAGUACAGGAUUGCCAACAUUCUAUGGGCCAUACUGUCACAGGUCCUUUUCUGAUUGAAAGACAUUUCUCUGGACGUAGUCGCAAUUUGCCUGUUAUCCUUAAAUCGGCGGUGAAACACUGAUUUUCUUCGAUUUUGGCAUUUUAUAACAAACAAGUUAAACCAUUGGAUACACGUGGGAAUUAAUUGAAAAACGGCUUCCAAAUUUAAGCAGCUGCUUCGCAGGGACAACGUUCACAUUUGUUAAUUAAAAUUUUUGGCGAAUGUGUGUUCUCCAUAGUAUCUAAGGGGUUAAAGUAAAUCGAUGUUUAAAAGCUGUCAGAAACACAAUUCUGAAAAAACAGAAUAAAAUUGUUAAGACGUGGAUCGGUCAAUGCAAAAACGCAAGUUGAUCAUCAAAUUCUGCAAAUAAGUCAUCGCAGCGGAUUUCCCCUACACAUUUCAACCGACGCCAUUUUACUUCUAUUGACGCGAAGCUCUUUCUGUGUUUAUCAAUUAAAUCGGGUUCCAAGGGCGAAUAUCAGAGGCAAAAAUGCGAGACUAAAAUGUGGUGCAAGCCCGAGUUUUUAAAAAUUGGACCGUUACGCCAUGUUUCAUGACGUCAUGGUAAAGACAAAGCUGUCUAUGGCCCGGACUAUUCUGGGAUGCUCGUAGGCACCACUACGUUGGUUGGUUCAUUCAGUGCUGUUAUGAUGAGUUUUAAUGAGAUCCUGGGGAAAAAAACCCUCCAUGAUACAUUGUAGGAGAGAAGACAAAACCAUGAUGCUCCGUCGGUGGGGGAGUAUAACAAGAUGAUUCGCUUUUAUCAAUUGAGUUGGUGAUGUAAAUUGGCCACCGUAAAGAGUUUCUAGGCUGAAAUUCGAGCGCCCUUCGUCAGAGCCAAUAACUCGUUCUGAAGAAGGGCGCUUGAAACCUUAGUUUAGAAACUUCUUACGGUGGCCAGUUUACAUUAUCAGCUCAGUUGAUAAGACCAAAUCAUCUUGUCAUUUCAUAAUCCAUUUGCUUCCCGGGGGGGGGGGGUGAAGGGGCUGUAACCAGCAAACGGCUAUGGGAUGGAAGAACAGAAAAAACCAUCCCCCCCUCCUUAGCAGACAUUCAUGCAUGUUAAAAAAAAGGACGGGAGAAAAUUCACAACGAAGACCCCUAGAGAGUGACGCACCCCCCCCCCUUCCCCAUGACAAUAUCAUAGUCCAUUUGCUUCCUUGGGAAGCUGUAUCCAAUAAAAGCCGGCAAACACCUUCUUUCAUGUUAUGCCUUUCGUUUUGACUCAUGAGUAUGUUUUUGUCUCUAGAUUUUUCACCUGUGAAAUCAACACGAAAAGUGGUAAGUGCCAUAGAGUUAUUCCAUAUCAUAAUUUUGCCUCUGCAAAUAUCCUUAUCCUUAAAAAUUCACAUAAACAUAUAAGAGCGAAUUCAUUCGUUUGCCCUUUCAGACGCAAGAUCUGAAAGCUCAUUGUCCUUGCUAACGACAGCGAAAAGUGGUCAGAAAUUUAACUCAGUUUUGAAGCGCGAUUCUGUCUCUUCAGCAGCUCGGAGGUGAAUAGGAAUUGUUAGUCACUUCCGAACUGGUUAAUUAGCGCGCGCGAAAAGCACUUUUUACCUGUGUGGCAUCUACUAAUGUUCAAUGGUUCGUUAGCAAGUUUGCUUGUUUCCUCUCAUAACGUAUUCAUCCAGUUCAUUUCUUCCUAGUGGCUUGGCUCUUUUUUCCGGUGACUUUCCGACCAAUAUUGAUUAUCACUAAACAAUCAUGUGUUUUCUUCUUCUGUGCUGCAGAAAAGAAUUAUUUACAAUAGAGUAGGAAAAUGUGGAAGCCGCACCAUGAUACAGCUCAUGAUCAGUCUCACAGGAAAACUCAAUUAUACAGUGAUUGGAUCAACCAAGAAUAAUAUUCUACAUCUAAACCUGCGAGAACAGGUAACGAUUACCUCUUUUAUUUAGCAUUUACACAAAUCAAAACCUGGAGAGAUUUCGAGAAUUAGUAUCUCGUGUUCUCCCAAACGAAGUCCCAAGACCUCCAGAAAUCCUGAAGUUUCUCCAUGCACAAGCCGUCGUCGCUCACUAACCACGCUGGUGGGAUCUGGAUUCGUGAUAACCGCACAGGUGUCUAAGUCGUGGCUCUCAGUUAGGGUUAAUUAAGACAAACAUAGCCUCAGCAGAGACUCACAGAGCUCAUUUCAAUUGAGUAUCGCAAAACCCAAACCAACACUGAAAAAAGUAAGCACCUGUGGCGAUGAAAAUCGUUACUAACUUAGUCACGAUUGGUUCUAAGAAGUCUUGUACUUGAUUGGUUGGGAAGAUUGCGCGAUCUUAAAAGACCAAUCAUGAUCACAGAGCGAGGCAAAGUCAAAGCAAUGCAAUCCCGGAUUACUUUGCGCGUUUUAGAGAAUUUGAAUGGUUCACAUGUCCUUUUUUCUUCUUUUUGUUUUGUUCUUGUUUGAAUGAUGGAAUAUCAAACCUUUACGAUUUCAGCUUGAACUUGUGGACUAUAUAGAUCAUCUUCAGUCACCAAUCAUUUAUCAUCACCACAUACAUUUCGUCGACUUUAAGAGGUGAGAACUCCUUCAUCGCAUACUUUGAGGCAUAAUUAAGAUAACCAUUUGAAAGAGAAACCCUUAAAAUAGCUUUUAAAAGAAUUAAUCGCCAACUAGAGCUGUAGCCAUACAUUUGUAAAUUUGAUUCAAACCUUCAACAUCAUAUCAGAAUAAAACUUAAUCUUUUUCAAACUAAUGAUCCAUUGAUAAUAAUUAAUAGAUACCACGCAGGUUAUUGUUGCGUUUCUCGCGCGCUUGUUAACAAACUUGGGAUUAAUCAGCUAAAUCUGAAGACAAAUGCGCGUGGCAAGAGUUUAGUUUUCGACCAUUUUUUGGUACCUAGUGUGAAAUAAACUGAUUUUUCUUUUCUUGCGUGGUAAAUAUUUAAAAAAUCAUUCACUUCAGUGUCGACGAAAGUGGUGAAUAUUUGUUAGCUAUCGAUUUCCUGUUGAAAGGCGAAGGUCACAAACUACCCAACGAAUCUAUCGGUCGAAACUUAAUAAUGAAAUAACCUUAAAAACUACUCUUUUACUACAAGAAGUGAUUAACCUUUCAACAUCGAGUUAUAAUUUAGGUAAAAUGUGAUAUGAAUCGAAAGCUUAUUACCUGGAGGCCUUUAUGUUGCUAGAACGUUAGCCUCUCUAACCUAAUUUUAAGGAAAAUGUAUACAAUUAGUAAGUGUGCAUCAAUCAAAGCUUCAUCAUUUUCCCGCCCCAACCCAGGCAACCCCCGGGCACUUGAACUUUUGAUUAGUUCGUUCAAAUUGUCCCUUUUGCUGCCGAUUAAUAAUGGUAAUAGGACCGAGUGGAGUCCAAUUCGGUCUGUGAUUUUACGAGUGAUUAACAAAAUCGGACGACCGUGAAGCAGGAAUCCAAUUUGUUAAUCACGAGUAUGAUUACUGACAGAAUUGGACGACAAGAAUUCCUGUUACCAAUUAAUCAUAACCAUUUCAAAUUCGAAAAAACAAAUGCACCAGGAACAAAUUUCUCCAGUGAAGACAGUGUCUUAAGUUAAAAAUGCCUCCAUUUUGGAAAUUCCCCAGUUUUUCUUUGGAUAAGUGGUUGUUUCUGUGGUUAUUUUGAUCAUUUCUGUAACACGUGUAUUACAUUGAAAAGACUUGACUUGUUCAAAUUCCCCACCUCACCCCACCCCACCCCACCCAAGUAAGUUUCGAAUUCCCCACCCCUGGGAACGGACGAUAGACAAAUGUUCUUGGGUUGCCUGUAGCGGAGAAGGAGUUUUAAGCUUUGAGUUGAUCGGUGCGUUAGCAGUCAAGAGCUGAGCACGUAUCUAUUCUUCACCCCAGGUUCGGCGCAGUUCAACCUAUUUACAUUAACCUCAUACGGGAUCCACUGGCUCGUCUUGUCUCUUCAUACUACUUCCACAGAUUCGGGGAUCAUCGAGGGGCCCAAAGAACAUGGGGCUUCAAAGGCACAGAGGAAGAGAAAAAUAUGGUUUGCGUUGUACUAGCUACCAGUUUCUCUUGCGGCCGUUCUUUGGUAUGUCAUGCCACGUUCUCAGUUUCCACUUCUUAUUGGGGGAGGCGUUGCGUGACAUUCCAAAGAACAGGGUAAUUUUGUGUAAUCAACUGAGUUGAUAACGUAAGUUGAACACCGUAAAGAGUUAAAAGGCUGACGUUUCGAGCGUCAAGCGCUGUCGCUCUCACGAAGGGCUAACGCUCGAAAGGUCAGCUUUUAAACUCUUUACGGUGGCCAAAUUACAAUAUCAACUCAGUUGAUUACUCCAUCCAGGAGUUCAAUUAAGUUUCGGUAAACUGCCAUGGAACCCUAACGAAAUGCUUCAGGGCGACCAAACGGUGGACUGGCAUAGGGGACACUGGUUAUAAUCCUUAUCGUUUAGAAAAUGAUACUGAAACUGGGAUAAGUCCCCGGCUGGAUGGGUUUCAGGCUCCUAAGCUGACUUUCACUUUUUUCUCCUCCUCCACCCCCCCCCCCCCCCCCCAAAAAAAAAAAGAUCUUUCACCCCUCGGCUGAGAGAAGUCAACAUAAACUCAAUUGAAAAACUGAAAACAAACGCGUUUAACUUCCUAAAAGCCCCACUUAUUUUAAAAGUAACUUUUUAUUUUGCCUGCCUAUUUGUCUCUCUUUAGACAUUUGACGAAUGCGUCAAAAAUGAAAUGAAAGAAUGCGUCGAUCCUCAAAGGAUUUUGUACAUCAUUCCUUAUUUUUGCGGCCAUGAAGCCUUCUGCAGGUGAGAACAGUUAUUUCGACGAGUGAGUCGCAAUGUGUUUAACUCUGGGUAGGAGAUAACAGCGAUUAACCUACUUAAGGUCUGACACACAAGUUAACGAUGCUUUUCGUAUGCGUUGAUUAGCAAGUUUGGAGCUGAUCAGCCAAUUAUUGUUAAGCAUUACACUUAUUAAACUUUUUCUAGUCUAAUAUCAAACAGUUGUUCACCUACAUCUGGGUGUAAAUAGAGGAUAUUUGCCUAUAUAUAUUGUGGGAGGAAAAAGACAAAUAAACUUCAAGUUCAUCUUUACAAGCCUGUUUCGUGGUUGCCCACUCAUCAGGGGAUAUAAUGAGAAUAAUCUUUACCAUCGCUUAUAUACAAUAUAAUCUAAUUUCUGCAGCACAAAAUUUAACAGUUUAGUUGUUGCGUAGGAGGGCUUUGUUUCUGUGGCGGCAGGAAGACACGAGUUCAUUACGUUUGUUUAGUGUUGAUAGUUCGGGUCGGCAGAUGAUUAGGAAUUUUUAGUUUAGUUUAGGAAUUAGUUUAUUUGUCUUUUUUCUCCCACAAUAUAUACAUCGCUCUACUCCUAUGUAUUGAGCACUGUUUUACGAAAGUCAAAUUUUGCACUUUAUAUAUAUAUCUAUAUUUAUAGAGGUAGUCAUAGGUAGCCACAAUGAAGUAUUUGUUUGUAUGUCGAGUCAGCCUGUCACUGGAGAAGACUUUUACCUUUAACCAAAUCCCUCUUGAUUUUCAACCUAAUCUCCUUCCUUUUUGUUUAUGACUAGGAGACCUACCGAACUAGCUCUUACACAGGCCAAGAUAAACGUCAUUAGAAAUUAUCUGGUUGUGGGUGUUACUGAGGAGUUGGAAGAUUUUCUGUUUGUUCUUGAGAAACUUUUACCAGAAUUUUUCUCGGGUGUGUUAAACAUCUACAGGACUCCAGGUCAGUGUGUAUCAAAAAAAAAUUAAAAAAGAGAAACAUGCCGGACGCAGAACUACUCUAUCACUGUCUUGAGCAAUUCACUAAGACACGUCUGUUGAAAAACAGUAAGGAAGUUUUUUUACACACUAGUUACGAAAACUCCAUUAUUAUUAGAGGGUUGCCCUUCUUUAGGUUAAACAAAACUUGUUACAAUGACUUACUUAAACGUUACGAACGUCAGCAUUGACAUGGUAUGGUAGUUAAUCACGCUUUAAGCAUUUUCCUUUGAGUUUUCGUUUGCUCGUUGUGACAUUUUUGUUUCCGGCUUCUGAUUGGAUGUUAUAAUUACUGAUGUUAUGGUUCUGGGACACUCAGUUAAAAUGCGUCAAAAUGAUGGGGAUAAAGCGUGAGACACUGGGCACAUAUCUUAUGUAAAACAUUUACUUUUUCAAUUUUAAGUUUCCUAAAUCUAUUUUACGUUUUUUUUUUUAAGACGAUAACCUCAAUUCCAAGAUGACAUCAACUAAAACCGUGAAUAAGAUAGGACCUUCUCCCGAAGUACAACAAAUAAUGAAGAAACAUCUGCAGUUAGAAUACGACUUUUAUGAAUUUGUAAAGGAUAGAUUUCAUAGACUGAAAGCCGAACUCAGAUAA